CUACGAUUCCCAUCACUAGGGCUGCAGUAAACACCAUUACCCAGGGUUCAUGAGCUCUGCCUCGGCAAGAUGGCGGCGACUCCGAGCGCAAACGCCCCCCGUUUUGACUGUCCGUCAUGGGCAGGAAAGCCACCACCAGGACUCCAUUUGGAUGUAGUUAAAGGAGACAAGUUGAUCGAGAAACUAAUCAUCGAUGAGAAAAAGUUCUACUUGUUCGGGAGGAACCCAGACCACUGUGACUUCACGAUAGACCAUCAGUCAUGCUCACGUGUGCAUGCAGCACUCGUCUAUCACCGGCACCUCAAGAGGGUCUUCCUCAUCGACCUCAACAGCACCCAUGGCACCUUCUUGGGCAGAAUUCGCCUGGAGCCCCAUAAACCUCAGCAGGUGCCCAUCGACUCCACUAUGUCGUUUGGGGCAUCGACACGAGUUUACACGCUGAGAGAGAAGCCUCAGACGCAGCCCAGCAAUACAGCAGGUGACAGCGGCGUGGAGGACGAAGAGCUGAAAGGACUGCUCGGCUUACCGGAAGAAGAGACCGAGCUAGAUAACCUGACCGAGUUCAACACGGCACAUAAUAAGCGCAUCUCUACUCUCACCAUCGAGGAGGGCAACCUGGACAUCCAGAGACCCAAGAGGAAGAGGAGAAGCUCUCGAGUGUCCUUCAGCGAGGAUGAGGAGAUCAUUAACCCUGAGGAUAUUGACCCGUCGGUUGGCCGUUUCAGAAACAUGGUACAGACUGCAGUCGUACCCUUAAAGAAGAAGAAAUCCGAUGGGCAUGGCGCUCUUGGUGUGGAAGACAGCGUGGUACGCCGUUUCCAGAACUUUCCCCUCAGGUCAGGUCUUUACGGUGACCUUCCGCCAGCCAGUCAUGAGGCGAGCACCCAGGACAACGAGCACCAAGCAGGCUCGGCCAUCUUGAGCGGCCUCCCUCUACCCUUCCCCAACCCGGCUCCGGAGGUGGACGUCUUCACCCCCGCAUCACAGCCGGCAGUCAUGUUGAACCCAAGCCCCGCUCCCGGACCAUACACAGCUGAUACUAUAAACGAGCCACGCAAGAAGAAGUACGCCAAGGAGGCGUGGCCUGGAAAGAAACCCACACCUUCACUACUCAUCUAACGCGUGCUAUCGGAUGAUGUGCACUUGACUUUUAUGCACUAAACGUAAAACUUUAAAGUUCCAAAACUGCAUUUUUAAAAGUUUCAGGAUCUUUAAAACGGGAAAACUAAUCCAGUAUUUAUAGCUAAGGUUAUACCAGAGGAGCAGUGUUUACCAGACUUACAUAAACAACACUUUAUUUAUCAUUGUAGGUUCUUUACUGAGGCAUUUUUUCCUACUGUUACGGACAUGCUAACUACACAAUGCAGAUCAUAGCAUUAAAAUAGCCGAAGACUGUAAGAAUAGACUCAAGUAGUUUAACGCUUUAUGUUAAGUCACUAAUACGGAAUACUAACUACUUACCUGAAUUGUAACCUUUCACCUUUCCUAGAAUGUAAAUAUCAACGCUACAGUUUCUGUUACGCAAUGACCGGACGAAUCCUUCUCACUCCGUUUGGUCAGCGGAUACAGUUAUCUCAGUGUGUAGACGUGAGUUUGUUUUGUGUGCGUUUUAUAUUUUUAUAUCUGAGUAUAUGAAUAAAAUAGUGUGUGGAAAAAGUG